UCCAAUUAUAAAUUCGUGUGUCAUUUGUGGUCUAAAAUAUGCAUGUUUGCUUCAUUGACAAGUGAACGGAAGCUCCCGCAUUGCUAUCUAACGCCGAGAAUGCUACACUCCAUACGCGUACGAAAGCGAUAAUUCUGUUAAUUGCUGCACUUGCAGAGUAUGAGUGGUUCCUCACCACGUUUGUCACAGGUUUCACUUUGGCACAUAAGAUUAUAUUGUGGAAAAUUUUAUUUGUAGUUUUGACUGUACAGUUUGUUUACAAUGAAAAAUGGCUAAAACGCCGUGGAAGAUACAAACAGCUCAGUCUAUCUUCUUUGCCUUGGUUUUACUAUCAUUUCAUGUGAAUUAUACUCAUUCUUCUGUUUGCAGUGAAGAUAUUAUUGUUGAGAAAAAAAGUCUAUCAAGUCCAAAUUAUCCAUAUCAUUAUCCUUCAAAUGCAAGCUGCACUUGGAUUAUAAAAUCGUCUCUGGAAGAUCAUGAAAUUGUGUUGAAAAUUCAAGAUUUGGAUAUAGAACCUCAGGCGCUGUGUAAUUUUGAUUAUAUUCAAAUUGGUUCUGGAAGUGUUCCGGGCGAAAACGUCAUAGUAAAUAGACUCUGUGGGACUGAAAAACCUGGUCCUAUCAAAUCAGAUUCGCAUGCAUUGUGGUUGAGAUUUGUAUCUGAUGCCGCUAAAACAUUUAGAGGUUUUCGUGCAACAUGGAAAGCAAAGAAAGCCCGUAAAUCUCAAGUAUUUCCUAACCCCGCAGUUGAAAAGAACGUAUGUGGUGAAAAGAUCCUCAAUGGAGUGGAGGGUACCAUUAAAUCACCCAAAUUCCCUCGGAAAUAUCCUUAUGACCAAAAAUGUCACUGGGUUAUCAUGGCGCCAAGAACAAAUCGUGUUGUGAUUAGAUUUCAAUAUUUUGAUUUGGAAGGAGCAUCAAAUUGCCGCUUUGACUACUUGCUUGUAAAGGAUGGUGAACACAACAACUCAAAAACUAUUGGUCGUUAUUGUGGCUCUAGUAAACCAGCUACCAUUACGACAUCAAGCAAUACUGCAAAUCUCAGGUUUAAUUCCGAUACCUCGAUUGCUAGAGGAGGUUUCUUGAUUCGAUGGAAUGCCGUUAGUCUGUUGACUACAACACCUCCCGGAGGUGUCAUCACAAAGACAAUUGCAACCGAGAAACCAUCAAAACCAGAAUGUGGUGGACAGUUGACAUCAAAUGAAGGAAGUAUUCAAUCACCUUUAUAUCCAGAGUUCUAUCCUAAUAACAUGCUCUGUACUUGGGUAAUUAGCGUGGAAAAACCAGCACGAAUCCGAUUAACAUUUGGUACGGAGUUCGAUUUGGAGAACGAAGAGCAAUGUCCUUACGACUUUCUAAGUAUCAGAGAUGGAGCGAAUAUUGUGGAUAGCGAAAUAGGAAAAUAUUGCGGCAAAAUUAUCCCGAACACCAUUUUGUCAACCACAAGUAGCGUACAUAUAACAUUUCGUUCAGAUAAAUCUGGAGGUGGGAAAGGGUUUUCCUUGGAAUGGAUAGCUGAGAGAAUCAUGACCCUUGGGCCUAUAACCACACCUGUUCCAACAACUACCUCGCCAGAUUGUGGUGGUCAUCUUACUGAGUCAACUGGUAUCAUUACGUCGCCCAAAUAUCCCAUGAUGUAUCCAUCCAACCAAAAUUGUGUGUGGUUGCUGUCCAUGGCUAGUGGCAGUCAAAUUCGACUCACAUUUGAUUACCUCGAGUUGGAAGAUGAUUUGAAUUGUGCAUACGAUUAUCUGUUAAUACGUGAUGGUGCUAGUAUAGACUCACCAGUUAUUGGAAGAUAUUGUGGGUCAUCAAUAAGGAUUUCAGAGAAAUAUAUCUAUUCUUCAGGGAAAGACCUAAGAAUUGAAUUUCAUUCAGACAACGUAGGAUCCAAAGGUGGUUUUCGCCUUUCAUGGCAAAGCAUUUUGGAAGCAACUACCCGACCGACAUUAUUAACAACACCAACAGUUCUUGGAAGACAUAGGAUUAUGAGAGGUUGUGGUGGUUUUUUCCAACUUGGAUUACACAGUGGUACAAUCUUUUCGCCAGCCUACCCUAACAAGUACGCUCCUUAUCUCACCUGUACUUGGACUAUACUUGUGGAAGAACAAAAUCUUGUUGCGGUGUCCUUCAAUGAAUUUGAAUUAGAAUAUUCAGUCGGGUGCUCAUCUGAUUACGUUAUCGUAAAAGAUGGUAUUUCUAAGAAUUCUGAGGUUCUUGGAAAGUAUUGCGGAACUGAUGUGCCGCUUUAUCUUCUCUCAAGUGGCAGCGAGCUGUCAAUUGUGUUUCGCACGAAUGAGGUGAAUAGCGCAAAAGGGUUUGAAAUAUCAUGGAUGAAAUAUGAGGCUCCACAAUCAUCUCCAACAGGAAUUAAACCACCUCCAGCAGUGAAUAAGGAUAAGAAAGAACCCGUAUGUCUAAACGAGUAUGGUUCGCUUACUGGUGAAUCAGCGCCAUUUGUAAAAGAAAGUUGUCUCUGGGACCUACGUGUAAAAGUCGGUAAUCAAAUACAGGUUGAUUUCGAAGAGUUCAGCUUUCAUACCAACUGUUCUGAAGAUUAUGUUGAGAUACGAAAUGGUUUAACAAAGUAUGCCCCGGUGGUUGCCAGAUUUUGCAGCGGGAAUCUACCGUAUCAAAUCAUGUCGACAAGUCGUUUUAUGAUGGUUCGUUAUGAAAUGUCCGGUAAAAAUCAAACCAAAUUCAAACUGAACUACAAAGAAAUAGGUAGUGGUAAAAACGAUGUGCACAUUGCAUUCAACACAGACGGAUGUGGCAAUUCUGCUCUUACACGAGAGUCAGAUGACGGUGAGCGACAGAAUAACAAGUUGGGAGAUUGGCCUUGGCAAGUCGCUCUCAUGAAGAAAGGAAUGUCGUUAGUCACUUGUGGAGGAGUUUUAAUAUCACCACAGUGGGUAAUGACUGCAGCGCAUUGCUUUACAAGGAGUAUUUCCUCCUCUCAGUGGAUUGCAAAACUAGGCUCAGUGGAUAUACAAGCUGGUGGCAAAUCUGAACAGACUUUUGAUAUUUCUGUUGUACGCGUCCAUCCAAACUACAACAGUUCUAGCAACCAGAAUGAUAUAGCUUUGGUACGACUACAAAAACCCGCCAAACUCAACAACUACGUCAAUACCAUAUGUUUACCGGAUCAAGGCUCGGACAAACUUUUUGAAACCGGUAAUAACUGUCACGUGGCUGGUUGGGGGACUUAUCAAGCUUCUAGUGAUUCUGUUUAUCCCUUAUCGUCACUGACUUUACCAAUUGUUUCAAACACUGAAUGUGAUACGUUUGAUGACUUUGCGGUGACAGAUAAUAUGUUAUGUGCUGGAUCCAAAAAUAGAAUUGAUACCUGUCAUGGUGAUGGGGGUGGAUCGUUGAUGUGCAAGGAUAGUGGGGGAUUUGUUGCAAUAGGUAUUAACAGCGUAGGUGAAGGUUGUGGUAAUUCCGAAAAUUAUGGAGUAUAUACUGACGUACGACCCUAUCUUGACUGGAUUAAGGUCCAGAUAUUUAUGUAGUUAUAUAUUGUUCACUUUUGUAAGUUUUGCUAUCUUAGCAAGUAGCAUUUUUAAAAAUUUGUAGCAGAUUCUUGUAACAGCGUAUUGAGA